AUGCCGUACUCGUCACCCUUCCCACCCCUAGAUAUCCCCAAAUGCAACAUCCUCUCCUACCUCUUCCCCCCGGACAAGGCGGUGUCCGACCAGCCGCUAUGGCUCGACGCCGCAGACACCUCUCACAGCCUCUCGCCGGCCCAGACGCUGUCAUGGGUCAAGAGGUUCGCCCUGGGCCUGGACAAGCUCGGCGUCGCCCAGCAGCAGGCCGUCAUGGUCUUGACGCCGAAUCACCUGUACGUACCCAUGGUGUACCUUGCUGCGGCGGGCUCGAAGCGGUACUUUACCGGCGCCAACCCCAUCUACACGGUCGCCGAAGUCGCUCAUCAGAUGAAAGUGAUCGAGGCCGCCGUGGUUUUGAUCCAUCCUUCCCUGCUUGAGACGGGCAUCGCCGCCGCCAAACAGGCCGCCGUCCCACUCGAUCGCCUCUUCCUCUUCUCGGACAGAGAAUGCCCGACCACUCGAGGAGUGCGGGACUGGAGAUCUAUGGUGGCCUCCGAAGCCGAAGCCAGGUCGUGGCAAUGGGAUCCUUUGGACGGGGAAGCGUCGUUGCAAACCAUUGCCGCGGUCAACUUCUCCAGUGGAACCACGGGCCUACCCAAGGGCGUGUGUAUCACCCACCGCAACCUCAUAUCCAAUGCUGCUCAAACCAUAUACAACAAGUUCUACGGCACCGAGUACUCCGCCGAGAAGCCGGGCCCCGAACGAUGGCUCGCCUUUCUUCCUCUUUAUCAUGCCUACUCCCAGCUGUGGACAAUCAAUAUCGCCUGUAAACUGCAGAUUCCUGUCUAUGUCAUGCCCAAGUUUGCGUUUGAAGACUUCCUCAAAUAUAUCGAGCAGUUCAAGAUCACGACGCUUCAAUUAGUUCCGCCUGUUCUGGUCAUGUUGAGCAAACGGCCGGAGACGGCGAAAUACGACAUCAGCAGCUUGAAACACUUGCUGUGUGGUGCCGCUCCAUUAUCCGGUGAGCUGCAGAACGAGGUCAGCCGGCGGUUCAAUGUUGUGAUUUCCCAGGGUUGGGGCAUGACGGAGACGACGUGUGGCGGGAUCAUGGUGCCGGGCAUGAUGGAAGACCGCACUGGGAGUAUUGGCUAUCUCUUAGCCAACACAGAGGCCAAGCUGAUCAAUGACGAUGGGAAGGAAGUCACCAGCCAGGGCGAGCCGGGAGAGCUGUGGGUGCGAGGGCCACAGAUGUUGCUAGGCUAUUGGCGGAACGAGCAGGCCACCAAGGAAAGCAAGACCGAAGACGGCUGGUUCAACACGGGCGAUGUCGCCAUCUGUAGAGAGGACAAGUGGUGGAUUGUCGAUCGCAAGAAAGAGCUGAUCAAGGUCAACGGCCUUCAAGUGGCCCCGGCCGAGUUGGAGGCAGUCUUGCUCGAACAUGAACAUGUGGCAGAUGCUGCUGUAGUCGGUAUCGUUCUUCAUGAUGAAGAACUCCCCCGCGCCUACGUCGUGCUGCAGGAACGUGCCAAAGGCAAGACCACGGAAGAGGACAUCAAGAAUUUCGUCGCCGGCAAAGUCGCCAAACACAAACGACUCGAAGGCGGCGUCAAGUUUAUCGAUGAAGUCCCCAAAUUAGCCAGCGGCAAGGUCGUUAGGAAGUUGAUGAAAGAGUGGGCCAAACGUGAUGCGAAAGAGGUCGAACGAACUGUGAAGCCCAGGCUAUGA